GCAGGCUAUAUCUUUGAGAGAGAUGGAAGAUAUUGCAUCUUUGGAAGAGAAGUUAGGCCGGCCACUGUCAAAGCAAGAAAGAAGUCGAAUUGGUGUGAGCAAACUUAGAUUAUUUUUGGAAGAACUGCUGCAGAGAAGGUACAUGGAUAGUGUUCCUUCAAUCAUUCCACUUCUUGAGAAGGAGUACUGCAGCACAACAAGAAAACUGAGUGAAAUGAGCAAGGAACUCAGCACUUUGGAUGAAGUAAAACUAAAGGAAAAAGGAAGAAUUUUUCAUGAUCUGUUCUUGACCAAGUUGUCAUUGCUACUGAAAGGGACAGUUGUUGCACCUCCAGAUAAAUUUGGUGAAACACUACAAGAUGAGAGAACUAAUGGAGGCACAUUCAUUGGAACAGAUGGUAUUCAGUUGCCACACAAGUUGAUACCUAAUGCAGGAAUGCGGCUUUAUGGGGGCGCACAAUAUCAUCGGGCCAUGGCUGAAUUUCGUUUUGUGGUUGGAGGAAUGAAAUGCCCUCCAAUUACACGAGAGGAAAUCGUAAAUGCUUGUGGAGUUGAAGAUAUUCAUGAUGGAACAAACUAUUCUAGGACGGCUUGUGUGAUCGCCGUUGCAAAGGCCCGUGAUACAUUCGAACCUUUUCUUCAUCAGCUUUCAUGCAGCACUUUGGAUGAAGUAAAACUAAAGGAAAAAGGAAGAAUUUUUCAUGAUCUGUUCUUGACCAAGUUGUCAUUGCUACUGAAAGGGACAGUUGUUGCACCUCCAGAUAAAUUUGGUGAAACACUACAAGAUGAGAGAACUAAUGGAGGCACAUUCAUUGGAACAGAUGGUAUUCAGUUGCCACACAAGUUGAUACCUAAUGCAGGAAUGCGGCUUUAUGGGGGCGCACAAUAUCAUCGGGCCAUGGCUGAAUUUCGUUUUGUGGUUGGAGGAAUGAAAUGCCCUCCAAUUACACGAGAGGAAAUCGUAAAUGCUUGUGGAGUUGAAGAUAUUCAUGAUGGAACAAACUAUUCUAGGACGGCUUGUGUGAUCGCCGUUGCAAAGGCCCGUGAUACAUUCGAACCUUUUCUUCAUCAGUUGGGCUUUAGGCUCUUGCACAUUCUGAAAAGAUUGCUUCCUAUAUCUGUCUAUCUUCUACAGAAAGAUGGUGAGGAUCUGAGUGGCCAUGAGGUAUUUCUAAGGCGUGUUGCUUCUGCCUUCAACAACUUUGCAGAAUCUACAGAAAGAUCGUGCCGUGAAAAAUGUAUGGAGGAUUUGGUGAGCACUACCCGUUAUGUUUCAUGGUCACUCCACAAUAAGAACCGUGCUGGAUUACGUCAAUUCUUAGACUCAUUUGGUGGAACAGAGCAGUCCACUGUGUUAAGUAAUUCUAUAUCUGUGGAUAUUUCUCAAGGGCCAUCACUUGGGUCAAUUGGUAAUGAGAAGCACGAUACUAAGCCUAGAACAGAUGUAAAGCUCAGUCAUUUAGCUUCAGGUGCUGAUUCAAGCUCUUGUGUUCAGACAACAGAAACAAGGUUGGCGGACCUUCUAGAUAACACCCUCUGGAAUCGGAGACUUGCACCUUCAUCUGAGAGGAUUGUUUACGCUUUAGUACAACAUAUAUUCCAUGGAAUAAGAGAAUACUUUUUGGCUUCUGCUGAAUUGAAGUUCAACUGUUUCCUUCUAAUGCCAGUGGUUGACAAGUUGCCUGCACUCUUAAGGGAGGACCUAGAAUCUGCAUUUGAAGAUGACUUAGAUAAUGUGUUUGACAUCACCAAUUUGCGAUAUUCAUUGAGCCAACGGAAGCAGGAUGCAGAGAUUGAGCUGAAAAGGAUUAAGAGGCUCAAAGAGAAGUUCAGACUGAUAAACAAGCACCUUAGUUUGCAUCAAACUGUGUCAAGUUUGUUGCUAUCGCCAUCUGCUUAAUUUCUGGUUCAACAUAAGAUAAAAUGGAAAAGUUAGAGAGUGAGAGGAGAUUCCUCUUAAUUCUUCAUUUGUUGAAACUUGAGUUAUAUAAUCUUGGAAAAGAAGACUGGUUGACAGAAUUUGACUUAUCCUUUUGGCAUGACAUUAACCUUCAAUGUUAGGAGUUUACUGAUUUAAUUAAUUCACUCCUUUUUUUUAUUA